CGUUAAAGAAAAAGGGGAAAAUGUCGCCAUUAAAUAUUCUUCUCUCUCCGUCUCGGUGACCCCGUUCCUUUCUCUAUCAUUCUUUUUCUCCCGGGAGUGUGAAGCAGAUUCUCUAGAAUUCCCACUUCCCACAAAAAUCCAAAUCGCAUUCGUUUCUGGACCCCGAAAGAAAACGAGUAGGAACGGUAACAUAUAGGAGAAACCGACUUUGUAGGCUGGCCAGGUUUCUUGGGUUUUGUUUUCCUUUACUUGUUGAACUGAUCGUGACUCGUUGCUAGUGAAAGAAGCAACUCGCUCUGCGACUCGUUCGUGCUUCCGUCAUCACCAAGAUUGCACAUUGGUUUGGCAGAGGGAGCUGGCAUAUUUGCAAUGGUUCAAGAUACUUCUUGUGGUGAUUUACGUCAGAGACAGCCAGUUCUGUUAAAAGAUCAAGUCCAAUUGGUUAAGAGAAAGAAUUGUGAUCGAUAUGAGAUUGCUUCAAUUCAAGACCCUUUGUCAUUUGAGAAGGGUUUUUUUAUAGUAAUCAGGGCAUGCCAAUUGCUAGCCCAAAAGAAUGAGGGAAUAAUAGUGGUAGGUGUGGCAGGUCCUUCUGGGGCUGGAAAAACUGUGUUCACAGAAAAGAUACUCAACUUUAUGCCCAAUGUUGCUGUUAUUUCGAUGGACAACUACAAUGAUUCUAGUCGAAUCGUUGAUGGCAACUUUGAUGAUCCACGCUUGACAGACUAUGACACUUUGCUCCAGAAUGUCCAUGAUUUAAAGGGAGGGAAGGAGGUCCAGAUUCCAAUUUACGAUUUCAAGUUUAGCUCCCGUACAGGAUACAGGAAACUUGAAGUCCCAAGCUCUCGUAUUGUGAUCAUUGAGGGCAUCUAUGCUUUGAGUGAAAGGUUAAGACCUCUGCUGGACCUCUGUGUGUCUGUAACCGGUGGAGUUCACUUUGACCUUGUCAAAAGGGUUCUGCGGGAUAUACAGCGUGCUGGCCAAGAACCAGAAGAAAUAAUUCAGCAAAUAUCUGAAACGGUAUAUCCAAUGUACAAGGCCUUUAUUGAGCCAGAUCUCCAAACAGCACAUAUAAAGAUCAUCAACAAAUUCAAUCCAUUUAAUGGAUUUCAGAGUCCUACUUAUAUAUUGAAGUCAGCGAGGAAGGUGAUGGUGGAUCAAGUCAAGGCCAUUUUCACCAAACAUCAUACAGAAACAACAGAGCAGACUUAUGAUAUAUACCUUCUUCCACCUGGUGAAGAUCCAGAGGCUUGCCAAUCAUAUCUAAGGAUGCGGAACAAAGAUGGAAAAUACAGUCUCAUGUUUGAGGAAUGGGUGACAGAUAAUCCAUUUGUUAUUUCACCAAGAAUAACUUUUGGGGUUAGUGUGCGUCUUCUUGGUGGACUAAUGGCCUUGGGGUACACAAUAGCAGCAAUUCUUAAGAGGAGCAGCCAUGUAUUCUCUGAUGAUAGAGUCUGUGUAAAAAUUGAUUGGCUGGAGCAACUGAAUCGUCAUUAUGUUCAGGUGCAAGGAAAGGAUCGCUUAUUUGUAAAAUAUGUUGCUGAGCAGCUGGGAAUGGAAGGUUCAUACAUUCCUAGGACCUAUAUUGAACAAAUUCAACUGGAAAAGCUUGUAAAUGAGGUCAUGGCCCUCCCAGAAGAUUUGAAGACAAAGCUGAGCCUAGAUGAGGAUCUGGUUUCAAGCCCCAAAGAAGCUCUUCCUAGAGCUUCUGCAGAUAGAGUGGCCUUGAGAAAUAAGCAUCUUAAGAGUGGUAUGUCACAUUCAUAUUCAACCCAGAGGGACAUGAAUCUGGCCAAGCGUACUGGAUACACUGCCAACAGUAGAAGGUUUGAUGAGAGAAACACGGAGUCCCCGGCAACAGUGGCAAACCAGCUUUCAGAACAAAUCUCCUCACUGAAUGAUAGAAUGGAUGAAUUUACAAAUUGUAUUGAAGAGUUGAAUUCCAAGUUAACCAUCAAGAAAAGUUCUUCCAGCCAACAAAACAUGUCUAUUCAAGCAGACGCCUGCAAUGGCUUUGCUCCCACUUCUUACUUCAUCUCUACUUUAAGCAAUGGUUCGUUGACUGGGUCCGUAAUGCCUAAUUCAUCAUCUUCAUCCCAGCUGGCUAAAGAGUCUCCUUUGAUGGAAGAGCAAAGUUCAAGUUGCAAUUUUAUCAAGCUGCUUGGCAGUGUACCUUAUCUUGAAAAGCUCACUGGGCGUAUCUACUUCACAAAGUACUUAAGUAUAGGUGAUGAUCGAGGAAGACUUUCAGUUACAUAUAGCCAUUUGAAGAUUAUCGAAUUAUAUCAAGUAAGUUUUGAAGAUAUGAAAGAGAUACUUGUUGUUCUCCACUUGAUUACGAACUCUCCUAAUUUGAAGGAACUUCAAAUCUCGGGUUCCUCAAACACACUAGCUGCUAUGGAAGCAACUGAUUUGGAUUUUUGGGAUAAAGAAUGCCCUUCGCCUUGCUUAUUUGAGAGACUUAAAGUUGUGAAGAUGACAGAGAUGUCAGGGGUACCACAUGAAAUGGAAUUUAUCAAGUUUUUGCUUGAAAGGUCUCCAGUGCUCGAGGUAAUGAGUAUCAUGCCUUGUCCAUCUGUUAUGGACGGAAGAUUGAAUAUGUUGAUUGAGUUGGUGAGGUUUCGCCGGGCUUCUGCACGAGCAGAAAUUUUAUUCAUCCAAUGCUAAACAUUUUGCAUGUCAUGUAAAGUUUCUUUCAUUUUCUCAUCUGCCUGUUGUUUCAUAGCUUUUACCAGAGUUUGAUUCCUACUGCAUUGUAUAAAACCUUAAUGUGAAAUUAUAGUGCAUAAAUUUUGCUGUUGAA